UUUGACCCCCCCCCCCCCCUCCUCCCGCUGGGGUGGCUGGGCACGUUCACCAGCACCAUCCUGCUCAACCUGGACCUCGGCCUGGCGGUGUCCAUCGCCUUCUCCAUGCUCACCGUCAUCUUCAGGACGCAGCUCCCCCGCUACUCGAUCUUGGGACGCGUUGCAGGCACGGAUCUGUAUCUGGACGUCGACACCUACAAGGAGGCCAAAGAGAUUCCGGGGAUCAAAAUCUUCCGUUCGUCCGCCACCAUCUACUACACCAACGCUGAGAUGUACCUGGAGGCCCUGCAGGAGAAGAGCGGAAUUGAAAUGGGGAAGCUGCUGACGGCCAAGAAGAAGCGAGACGCCAAGCUGAAGCGCGCUCAGAAGAAGGAGAAAUCUAAGAGCAAGGCCAAGAAACGAGUACGACGCCGAGGGAAACCUCAAGUCACAUCUAGUGAAUAUCUUCUACACUGUCGGGUUCUACGUGUGCCCUGUCAGUCACCCCCCCCCCCUCUUCUCAUCAGGGGCAAACCUUCCAGAAGG